GGUGCCCCCACCCUGUAUCGUCCACCCGCAGCACAGUCCUUCGCCACCAGCCUUCCUGAAGACAUGAUCAUCCUGGUACUGUUGGCAAUAGUCGUUGUCCUCUUCGUCUAUCUCCUUUCUCCAGAUGCAAAGACAAGGAAGUGUGGUCAGCAGAUUCCAGGCCCUAAGCCCUGGCCUUUGAUAGGAAACCUAUUCGACAUGGAAGUCGGUCACAAAGGAGUGAAAACUUACAAUGGUUUCCAAGCUAAGUACGGCCAUGUGAUACGCUACUGGUUGGGGAACAAGCUGGCAGUGUUACUCUCAGAUGCUGACGAUGCUGAGGUUCUGUUUCGAGACACCCAAAACUUAGGAAAGGCUGACGUGUACAAGUUCAUGCACCCAUGGCUCGGAACUGGACUGCUCACCAGUACAGGUCAUAAAUGGUUUCAGAGGAGAAAAGCUAUUACUCCUACCUUCCAUUUCAAGGUAUUGGACCAGUUCAUCGAAGUGUUCGAGAGGAAAUCCACCAUCUUGGUAGAAUGCCUCAAGAGUAUGGCAAAUGGACAAUCGUUUGAUAUUCAUCCGUUUGUGUCCAGAUACUCACUUGAUGUGAUUUGUGAGACAGCCAUGGGUACUUCGGUGGACGCGCAGAACAACAUAGAGUCUGAGUAUUUCAACGCUAUUCGCACUGUGGCAGACUGCAUUGUUACCAGAAUACUUAAGUUUUGGUUGCAUCCUAAUUUCAUCUACAGGUUUUCACGACUCUCAAAACAGCACGAUGCUGCACUCAGAGUUGUGCAUGGUUUUUCGAAGAAAGUCAUCUCAGAGCAAGACAGGCUAAAUAACAAGGAACAGUUGCAUAAUGACAAAGAAUCCGAUACAGGUAUAAAAAAACGAACAGCAUUUCUUAAGCUAUUGAUAGAAAUGAAAAGACAGCAAAACGGAGCAUUUACUUCUGAAGACGACAUAAGAGAAGAAGUGGAUACAUUUAUGUUUGAAGGGUUUGAUACCACAGCUUCCGCAAUUAGCUUUGCUAUUUAUGAAUUUGGAAGGCACCCAAAUAUUCAAGAAACAGCCUAUCAUGAGGUUAGAGAUGCUUUUGCUGGUGAGACAGCACUUACCAUAGAAUGCUUAAAUAAUCUCAAGUACCUGGAACGAUUCAUUAAAGAGGUGCUAAGAUUAUAUCCUUCAGUGCCCAUGAUUGCUAGAGAAAUUUGCAAGGACAUCAAGAUUCCUAGUGGCUACUUGAUUCCUGCUGGUAGCAUAGCUACGGUAGUUAUUGGAGGUAUCCAUCGAAAUAAGAAAUAUUAUAAAAAUCCAGAGAAAUUUGAUCCUGACAGAUUUUUACCUGAAAACAUGGUCAACAGGCACCCUUAUUCCUAUGUACCAUUUAGUGCUGGAUCUCGAAACUGCAUAGGUCAGAAAUUUGCAAUGCUAGAGAUGAAGGCUUCACUAAGCCACAUACUUCUCAAUUAUGAAAUUGGAACAACUGAAGAGUCUAAAUAUGGAAUGCUGCUGACACUGCAAUCGUUCAAUGGACAAAACGUUUGGCUUAAACCAAGACGAACAGCUUGAAAAUUUAGUAUUUAAGUUUAUAUUUUCUAGUAUUAUUGUUAAAUAUUUUACCAGCCAGGUAUAUUAAUUUUUGUGCAAAAUAUUACUAUAAUAAUCAAUAAACUAUUUCCACUUUCCCUUUAUCUCUCCAGUAAAGGAACAACUUUCUGCUAAGCUGGCUACCUUUUGAUAAUUUUAUUUAUUUAUUGUUUUAUUUGUAAUUUUCCUAAGUCAAUGUUUGUAGAAAUAUAUAAAGUGAAAUAAAUGCAAAUUAUCAUCAUAAUUUUUAAAACAUAUCUGUCAAAAUUGAAUUAUAACAUUAAGUAUAGUUAUGGCACUUAUGAUUAUUAUAAAUUAAAUAAUUAUACAAGCUGUGGCUAUCAAAUAACGAGACUAAUGCUAUAAAACAUUUUAUUUUGAUUUCAUA